AUGUCAGUUGUCGACGCGUUAUGUACCCCACAACGGAUCCAUCGUCGGAUGCCGAUGUUCAGAAGGCCAGAAUACCAAGUACCUGAAGAACGGCCAGAUGUUUACAGAUUCCAAUGCUUCGAUCAGGAUUCUUCUUAUUCUUUUCCUAAUAAUGUAAGUCAUUUUUGCUUUUUUUGUUAUUUUUGUGUUUAGGAGCUUUGAAUGGAGUUUGGUUGACUGAUAUUUGUGUUUGAACAGGCGUUUUUGGGGUGGAUAAUAUAAUUUUCUGUGAAUUUCGACGAUUUUUGUGUGGGGUUGGGGUGAAUAGAUACGGAAAUGGUUUGAUUUCGGUGUGAAGGGAUUUCUCAAAGUAUUGUAGUUGUUUAUUUUAUGAUUUUUUUUUGUUUUUACGGAUUUUUGGGAUUUAGGUAUCAAUUAUAAGUUUCGUCGUUUUCUUUAUGCUGCCUUGGACUCAUUUUCAUUAUAUUUGGUGCUCAAGGUGUAUCUUUAUGUUUUUAAUACCUAAAAUUAUAUUAUUAACUUUAAAUUUAUAAAAACCGAUCUGUGGUAAGACGUUCUCAUAAGUAUGACCUAGGAGAUGGAUAACAUUCUCAUUUUUUGCACUUUGCUUGGUGUUCUAUCUUGAGCUAUUGUUUACACAACGCACAUCAGAAGGCUAUUAUAUUCUUGUUCUGACCUCACUAAUUCCGCCUUCUCGCCCGCUUUUUCGGCUCGAUUCCGCAGGGAAAAUGAAAAAAUUUUGGAAUUUGCUGUUCUCUCAAGUUCCAUAAAGGUUUUUCGUUGUUUUAAAGCCGCUAACUGUGGAGUAAUUGCGGUUUCCGCUAUUUGUAAUUACAUUUUUGAGUUAUGAAGGGUUGGAGUUCAUUAAGAAUGUACUAGUUCGGACGAAAACAUGACUUUCUGAUGUUUUAGGUAUGAAUGACGUUUUUUUGCGAGUUUUUAAAAGUUUUUGGUAGUAUUUUGAAUCUUGCUGGGAUUUUAAUGAUGUAUUGGGUAUUUUGUAUCUAAUUUAAAUGUUUUACAAUAAAAUUUAUAUAAAAUGCUUAAGAAAUAGUGGCAGAAAACAAAAGGUAUCACCAAGAAAUUUUGAUACCUACAAGAAGAUCAAAACAUUUAAAAAAAUGGAUUUUUUUUUGUGAUAUCAACUUGAAGAUUAGAUAAUUUUUAACUGUUUCUGAACGUUUACGAAAAGUUUUGUUUGGUCAGUGUAAUAGAGAUGAUUAAUAUGAGUAGACUGAAGCUUCUGGAAUGUUUAGUGGUCACACGUUGCAAAAUGAGCCUUAAUUGUUUUAGCUGACGGUUAUAGCUUACAGAAGGGAUAAUUAAUGUGUUCUUUACGAUGUUUUGAUUAAAUUUAUAGUCAUAUUUAAGACCUUAAGGUCCAAUUAUGUUUAAGACUUCAAGGUUGGUCAACCAGUGGUUAUAUAGGAAAAAUUUAUGGCCUAAAAGAUUUUAGAAUUGAAUGUUUUGACCAGUAGUCUUUAAAAAUUUUAAUUUUAUAACAUUUUUGAUUGCUAUUUUGGAAUUUUUUGAUCAAACGAACUAUCUAUUGUCUUAUUGUUAUGAGGACACUUGACAUAAGUCUCUGAUCUGUCAUGUUCUCACACUCUUUACCUUCGUAACUUGAAGAGCCUCGAAUAAUACCGCUAUUCAUAAGAAGUGACCGCCAGCUUUUCGGAUCAGCUGUCUGGAAGAUCUUUUUUUUGUCAAAGCUGCGUAAGUAGUAGUGGUUGUUAGUGGGUUUGUAACUUGAGUAUUGAACUUGGAGUAUUCUGGUGGACUGUAUAGUAAUGGUAUUUUUGUACGAAAGGUUAGGUAGUUUUCGAAAUUGUUUUGAAAAAUAAAUGUAAAGAAAUACUUUAGAAUAGCUACUUAUUCAUAUGUUAUGAAAUAUGAAGAUUGUUUGGUAUAAACAAAGCGAUGCGAACAGUUAAAGUAAGAGGGAAUAAUGGCCAAGAAUGGGCCAAAUAUGAGCUAUUGACGCGUAAAAGUUUGUCAUAAGGCGUUUUCGGCCUAAAAUUGACAUUAAAACAAUGUUUUUAAGGACCAAACUAUAUUUUUCUUUACAUAAAAAUGAAUAGUAUAAUACUGACCACUAUUUAACUCCAGAAAAGUAAUUUUAGACCGAACGUUAACCCUUUUACUCAGGCAUUUCUCGGCCAAAUCCCGCUGCUUAGUGUCUUUUGGGCCAAAGGUCUUUUCCUCUGGCCAAGUCUCGUUUUUUCCUUCAGUUUCAGGGGCUUUUUCUGCCUUUUUAUGGCGACAAAAUCUGAAAUUUUGAUUUGGGAGCAAAUUCAGUAGGGAUUUGUGUCUGUUUUGGCUUCGAUUUUAAUUUGAUUUUGAUAAGAUUCUGGUGGAAACACGGUUAAUCGAUGAAUUUAGGGGAAAAUGGAAAUAAUUAGGGCUAUUUUAGGGGAAAGUAUUGAAAUUUAGGAAUGUAUCGGGGAAAAACUUUGGAUUUAAAAGGAUGGCAGGAUAGGAUAUGUUAAUUUGAACAAUUUUCAGCUGUAAUUUGUUAGCUUGAUUAGAUAAAUAGGUUGUAAAAUUGUUUAAAAUUUGUGUAAAAAGUAAUGAUAAACGGAUAUCUUAAAUUGAAAUUAGGAUAUUUGGAUAUAACGACGGUUAUAUGUCGAAAUCGUUGUUUUAAAUGACCUUUUAAUGGGGUUUUUUGUUUUUUUGGUUACGUAGAAACGAAAAUGCUCGCUUUUACUUCUUGAAUAGGUUUAUAUAGGGUUUUUAUAAGAGCUUUAAGAAUAUUAUAGGCUUAUUUUGAAGAUUAUUACGACUUAAAAUUUAAGCUAAUGUAUCUAAAAACAACUUUAUUUCAGUAGAAACCGAAUUGGUUUAACUGUUAUUGCCUAUAGAAUGAUUAUGAUAUCGAUAGGUGCCUAUGGAAUUGGUAUAAUGUUCAUACUUAUCACACCAAUCAAAAUAUUGACACUAGCUUAUUAUAAUAACAAUAAUAAGGACUGUUUUGAAAUGAAACCGUAUAGUAAUUUUGGUAUUCGAACUUUGAAUGUUGUUGCGAGGAUCUAUGAAUUCUGUUUUUGAGUGUAUAGUCGAUUUCUGUAUUAAGUCGAAGAACGUUAUUCUUCAUCGUACGGGAUUUCUAAGCGAUUUGCGGGAUAAACGGAGGUGUUUAUGGAGCGUUUACAGGAAGGAAGCGUUUAGGAACGAUCCCUUUUUGUUUUAUUCCGGACACGAAUCGAAUCCUUUUUAAUUUUAAAGUGGAACACGUAUAUUAUGGUAGCAAUAAAGACAAGACUUUACAUUUGUUUUAUUAUUACCAUAACAUUCUAUUAGAUCAAUGGAGGUCCUAAUAUUAGGUUGUGCAAAUAAUUCUGGGCCUUUUUGGAAAUUUGCGUUGAAAGUGGGCACAGAAUUAUCUGAACAAUCUAAUACUAAAUGAUUAGAAUAACGUUAGGGCUUGAAUUUUUUUGGAAUUUAGAAAAUUGUUAUGUUAACAAGGGUAAUUUGAAGUAGGUUUAGUUUUUUUUGACGGAAAUUACAGACUUUGAAGGCUGUAUUCACUUCUUCCUUCAAACAACAUCUCUUUGGAUAUUUAAGCCUUAUUUUACGCGAAUUACCAAGUUUAAUUAAACUUUUUUGCCCCACUUUUUGCAAACAAACCACAAAACCAACGAGAAUUCACGUGAAUCUCUUCCGAUCAGAAUACACCAUUUGAUAUACAUCAAGAGAUGCAUCAAAUUCGAACGAACUAGGAAUGUUCGCAAGCCUUUUGAUAAGCGCCAUGUUAUUGUAACGUCUAUUUGUGGACACGGUUUUGAGUGAGGGAAUUGGGGUUAGAUGGACGCUGGAGAUAACUAAUUUGUAAGGGCAGUUAGUUCGUUUUUCCCGAAUUAAACUGACAGCCAGUUCAAGGUCGGUGGUUCGUUUUGUUCGAUUUUAAUGUUGUCAUGGAGACGGAUAUGAAUAUAUAUAUUUAUUCUGAGUGAUAAACGGGAGUUUGAUGGGAUUUUGAUUAGCGUGGAAGAAUAUAUGUAAAGAAAGGUAAAAAUAGCAUAAUGGAUAAUUGGAUGGGUUUGUGAAAUUGCGACAUAGAGCUUUUUUAAAGUAUUACGUUGUUCAACUAAUUCUGUGCUCUCUCUUAAUCUUCAUGGUUAGUGGCACAGAAUCAUUUGAGCGUCUGAGUAGAUUAUUCAUAAAGUAAAAAAACUGUUUAAAAAAAGCCUUUUCUAUUGUAAAACAUUUGGUUCAUAUAUACCUAAAUUUCAAAAUUCAACUUUCUGUUUUUACUCAAAAUUCUGUAAAACCCUAAUUCGGUCAGCAAAUCGAACACCUUUAUGCUUCAAUGAUCAAAAAUCGGUUUAUUCUUGCUCAAAUACCUAUAUCUACAUUGACUUUCCGAAUAAUUUAUAUAAAACAAGAUUUUUAAAUGAAGUAUCAAUGAGUUAUGUUUUAAUAGGUGGAUUUAUUUGUUUUUGAUCUUUGAAUCAGUUCAAUAUUCUGACCAAUUUAGGGUUUUCUGAAUUUUGAAUAAAGUUAAAAGGCAAAAAAAUGGUUUUCGAAAUUUACGUUUAAAUCGAAUGUUCUACAAAAAGACUUAUUUUUAAAAUUUUUUUUAAAUUCAUUUUAAUAUAAUUUAAAAAAAGCUCUAUUUUACAUUGAAACAUUCAUACAAUCACGCAAUAUGCCAUUCUUUUACUUUCUUUACAUAAUAUUUCCCCGCUAAUCAAGAUCCCAUCUAACUUCCGUUUAUCACUCGUUUCUACAAUAUUAACUGAUUUUACAUUGUUUUUAUAGAUUUACGUCUGGUUUUUUACAGAAUUCUUUCUAACUUGGUCUCCACAAAGUUAAUCUCUUGUUUUUGCAGUUUAAAAAAUAUUUUUCACAGCUUUUUCGAAUCAAACAUUAGUUUUUUAAUGCGCUUUUGUUAUGCACAAGAUUGCAAUAGAACUUCUAAAACUUUACCUCUCAUGACCAUCUUCAACCUCAGAAUCCCGCACUUUCGUAGAGAAGAAUGCACGAACUCGUUCAUUCGAUCUCGAGUUCGAUUAAAGGUUCUUUUCUUUUUUUUGUUUAAAGGCGCGUAAACCCAUUUCCGAAUACUUUGCUUUAAAGCGUUAGCGGGCGGAUGAGUCAACUCGUGAGGUCGCUUACUUUUGGUGGCGAGGAAUUAACGCAAGCGGUUUUAUUGAAAUUUUGAGAAUUUUUUAAAAAAUUUGUGUAAAAUUGAUUUUUUUUUAAUUUUAAAAUAUUGUUAUAAAAUAUGCAAAAAAGUUUUAGUUUUUUACAGAGAACAGAGUUUUAAGUUUUUUAUGCUGUUUUGAACCCUAUUUUACUAUUGCAUACCUUUAUUUAUUUAUAGUUUUACAUUGCCAUUUAAUUACUAAGCGUGUUGUUACCUAAAAUUAUAAAAAAACAAAAUUCUGUAUGUUUUAGGAUAAAAUGACCAUGCUUGAUGAGAACAUCGAGCAAACACGGCAGUGUUGUCAAGGUCUAGAAGCGUUGAGGAAGGAUAUUGAACUUUCGAAAGAUCAAACGGCUCAAGAUUCGUCGAUCGACGACGAAUUGAGACGAGAAAAGUUGAACAAAUACAAUGAAGAGCUGGCUAGGCUGGAUACUGGAAUAUUCGAUGCUAAAGUAGGUGUUUUGGUUAGAUUUUUUAUGAUUUUAGAGUUGAAACUUAUGGAAGAACCGAAGCUUUGCCUUAUUGAGUUGUCUUAACUAGUUUUGGAGGUCAUCUUUAUUUUUUAAAAGUAUUUCUGGACCUAAAAUUGUUAGGGUUUUUGUUGUUUUAGGUUAUAUCUAUUUUUUUUGAUUUUCUAUACAACAUGAUAGUUUUUUACUACUUAAAAAUAUGCUAUUUCAGUUCAACAUGGACUUGUUUAUCUACAUAAAAGCUCUAGAAGCUGACAAACACAAGAGCGCAGCCUUGAACAAACGCCUAAGGGAAGAGAACGCUUGGCUACUUGAAGAGCUGACCGCUUCUCAGAAGAAAUCCCAGAAGUUGGACCUAGAAAUAAUAGACUUAAAGCAAGAUCUUGAAAACUUUAAAUAUCUUCAUUCGCUGGAGAAGUUUGACGAUUCUAAAGAUGACUUUGACUCUGGUAGAGGCACCGAUAUCUUCGAAAGUCGACCGCUUAGUCACACAAGGACAAUGCAAGAGCUGGGCUUUGAUCCGGAGGAAGAAGAAGGCCAGGAGAAUUCGAAUCAGCUCAACGUACACUCUCCAACUAAUUCUUUGACUACAAGAAGCUCACAAAACGAUCUUAUGCUACAUUCCGGAGUGACGUCGGCUUCGAUUAGUGCUUUGGACGAUGCUCCAACCGACUUGAAGAACUUGUACUUUAUGGUAGGUUUUACAUUUUAUUGUAGAUGGCAUUUAAAGCGUUUUUGUUGUUAAGAAUGUUAAUAUUUUAGUUUUUUUUAUGAAUUAAAAAAAGUGAUUAUUUUUAGGUAAAUCAACUAUUGGCACAAGGAAACUUUGAUUCAGCAACCCUGGCUACUAAGAAGUAUAUGGAGAGAGUAAAGAAGGACAAAGGAGAUAAGAGUGCUGAUUACGCUUCUAUUCUCAACCUGUUUGCUACAAUUUAUAAGUAAGUUUUUGUGGAUUUUGUUUUUUUUUUAUUUUUAGCUAACACUUUUUGGUCAAUUAUAGAUUCAAAUAUUAAUUUUAACUUAAAAAACUGUAUUUCCAUGUCGUUUUGGAAAUGUAAUCAGGUGCUACACGUCAUGCCAAAAGAGGAAAUAAAGACAGAGUGACAUUUCGUGUAAAAAACGAUGCGAAGUGUGAAAUUCUAUUUUUUGUAAAAAAUUGUUUGAAAUUAAGCGGUCGGAAUUUUGAAAAUGAAAUUCGUUUGUAGUAAACUUGUAGUGUGAUAUCUGGACGAUUCUUUGACGGAUCAAGACCAGUUUGGCCUUCAAAGAACCGCCGCAACAUAGCGAUUUUUUUAAUAUUUGUUACAGCUCAAAAUUUGAUUUAUUUUAACUAUUAUUUGAUAAUUUCACACGUUUCGUUCAACAUUUUAAAUAUUUAUUUUAUUUUUUGAAUCAAUAUUUGAGACUUUUGAGUUAACGAAAUGCCACGGCCACCUUAGUUUCAUUUUUCUUUUAUUUCGGCAUGAUGUGUGCUACGACAUUGAAAUUAUUUUUUUUAUUUUUAGAGAACAAAAGAAGUUCAAAGAAGCUGUGAUUUUCCUAAAACAAGCUCUAGCAAUCCGCGAAGCGAUAUAUGGAGAAGAAUCAGCAGCAGUCGCUUGUACUCACAGCACCAUUGCAGUAUUAUUCGGACGAAUGAAUCGAUUUGCUGAUAGUGAAAAGCACGCUCAGAAGACAGUCGAUUUGAGGAAAAAGAUCCAAGGAGCAGAUCACACGGACGUGGCCAAAUUCUUGACGACUUUGGGAACGGCACAGCUGAAUCUCAAGAAAUACAAAGAAGCUGAAGCCAGUUUUCAACAAGCGACUGACGUUUACGAAAAGAAGACUGGGCCAAUUGAGACAUUGACGUUGAAAAGCAAAACUCAACUUUGUCAGGCGUUGAUCAAGCAAGGAAGGGUUCAGGUUGGUUUUUGCAUUUGUGUGUACUAAAAAUGAGUUUUUAAAGAUUUUAGGUAACAAAAAGAAAUUUUUUUGGAAUUUUAAGUAACAGAAAUACUUUUUUUUAGUUUUAUGUAUUGAAAUAGUUUCUUUGAAUUUUAGGUAACAAAAAUCUUUUUUUUUAAUUUUAGGUAACAAGUGGUUUUUUUUCGAAAUUUUUUACUCGAAGUUUGAUUUUUAAGUCUUACUUUUAUUUUUUUCAGGAAGCCGAGGUCAAGUACCGUGAAAUGAUAAGCACGGCUCAUCAACGAAAGUACGGCGCUUCGACUUCAACGCAAAUGAUUCUGAACGUAGCUGAAGAUCGUGAAGUGAAUAAACGAAAAGAUCCUUCAAUUGAUGACGAACAUGUGAAACGAUGUGUACAAGUUGUGAAGGAAGCUCCAGGAAUACUACCGGCUAUUAAAGCAAUGGCCAGUAUUUACAGAAGGGAGAAGAAGUUCGACGCUGCUUCAUUACUAGAUGAUGUGGCACAUAGGGCUAGUAAAGAGGUAAGGGUUUUUGAGAUUGGAUGUGGGGGCUAAUAAUAAGGCAGAAUCAUAACGUUAAAGUCAUAUGAGUAAUUUGAGAGUCAUCAUGAAUUAUAUAAGUGUUUAUAUUUGUAUUUUUGAAAUUGAAGUUUGAAACGUCAAUUUAAAUUUUUUUUAUUUAUUUUUCAAAAUUCACUCGUAAAGUCAAUUUAAAUUAAAGGUUUUGAAAAUAUGUAUAGAUAAGUAUUGUAUAUUUAGGUAACAAAUUGUUUGCUCUUUAAUUUUUGGAACUUAAGUUAUAAGUUUAGAUAACAUUUUAAAAGUUUUAAAGCCUUGAAGCAAAGAUUUUUGAUUUUUUAUCAGAAAAACUUGAACCUACAUGUAGGGAAAGCUGAGAUAGUUAUAGCAAAAGUGAUAUUUUACUUUGAAAAAUAUUGCAAUUUUAAAAGUUUGGUGUGUGAAACAAAACGUCCUUUUCUAGUUGUUAAUUUGACUCAACUUGCGUGAUUGAAUUUGAUUUGCAGUUAUCAAAUGUGAACGAGGAAGCACGUUUGAAUCGUUUGAUGGACAUUGAGAAUAUGAUUAUGAAUAGUUAUGACUCAUAAAGGUAGACAUAAGUGUAGUGAAAGUACACGUAGAUGUAGUAAAGUUUUUAGGUGUGGUAAAGUGCAGGUAGAUGUUUUAGGUUGUUCAAAUAAUUCUUUGUUUCUUAAGCCUGAAAAUUUGCUUUGAGAGGGGGCACAGAAUUAGUUGAAUAACUUAAUAGUAAACUUGAUUACAUAUGUAGUGAAGCUGAGGUAGACGUAGUAAAUGUGGCAUUUUUGCUUUUUGAUAUUAAAAGUUUGGUGUGAUAUAUACAAUAUGGCAUAGACUGCAGCACGGUACAUACGUGGUAGGUAUACUGCUUAUUUAUAUCGUAUCAAACUUUGCUACAGUAAAUUUUGGUAGGAUAUUCUGUAGUAUCUUAUAAAAGUGUGAGUGCGUAUGGCUUGAAAUGCGUGUUGUGGAGCUAUUUUAAUAUUGUUUUUGGUUAUGUAGGUAUUAUUUUGUGAUAUAUCAAACAGUAAUUUCAAUGUUAUCGUAAUCAACUCUGUCUUUUGUAGCAUGAAAGUGAAUAUUUCAGACCAAGAACAACUAUCAAGUGGCAUCAAUGGAGACUUCAACCAUCUCAGACGCGAGUAAUGGACAGUAG